AUGCAGAACUGGGAAUGUCAGUUCAAACUCAGAACUCUCAAGGAUGAAUCUUACCUUGUUGAUGGAAAGUCUAGCAGUAUGCUCUUGGAAACGGAGAAUUCAGCUUCAUCAGUCUCCAUUUUCAUUUCUUUGGAUUCAGUCUGGUUUUGGAGUACACAACCAGAAUUGUACGGAGUUACUGGGUUGAUCAAGAAGAUUGUCGCUAAUGAGGCACGUGUCAUCUUGCAUUACUUGCUUGAUUCAAGGAUGGUGACGAGAAUGAGGAGGCUACUAACUUUAUAUAGAAAAGAUAACCCAAUUGAAGAUUUCAAAGAUCAUAAAUAUAUUCAGUCGAAGCUUCCUUUGGACCCCAGCUCUGCUGAAAUAACAAGAUCCAUAGAAGGUAUUGAUGAAUGUACUAAUGCAGAGGAGUAUUGGAGUGCCCUUCCAGUUAAGCCAGUUGAUGAUCCGCAUGUUGAAUUGAUUGCUACUGUUGCUGGUUCACUUGAUCACAAGCCCGAAGAGAGAAUUGUUGGAAAUGCACGGUUCCACUGGCACAGUGAUGUUGAGGAUCCUCACACGUUCGUCGAUCUUUUUGUGUCCUACAAUGAGCCGAUUCCACUGACGAGGUCUUGCGCAUACUACCAGAAAUUGUUUUUUGGAGCAUUUGGCUUAUUCCCAGUGCUUUUGAAGCAAAGAGUAUCUUCUGAAGAUUAUGGUAUUAUGGGUUUGAGAUAUAGCUCUUCAAACCUGUUUGUAGGAGCUACAGCUAAUCCUUUCUUCGUGGGAGAUGAACUUCCAAAAGGGGUUAAAACUCAGACGGGAUCUGUGUUGAACAGAUUCUGUGCGUGGAAGGCUCCUCCAGCAGACUUCCUGAAGCUGAAUGUUGAUGGGGCAACCUUUCAUCAUCUUCACGAAGCUGGGGUAGGUAUUGUUCUGAGAGACCAAACAGGAACAGUGCUAAUGGCUGCCUCAAAAGGAGAAUGGGAAGUGGCUGAUCCAGAAAUGAUAGAGUUCCUGGCGGUGCUUCGAGGGCUUCAGCUUGUUAUGUCUAUGGGCAUCUCUCGUUUAGUCAUUGAAUCAGACUGCCUAUUUGUUGUUUCACAACUCAAUGACGAGGAGUCCAUUAGUUUGUUGCCUUGGGGCUCCAUCAUUGCUGAUAUUAGGUGCCUGUUGUCUGCGUUUUUGGAUGUCAAAAUAUGCCAUGUGAAUAGACUAGGGAAUGGGAUAGCACAUGAACUAGCUAGGCAUGCGUGGGAAGUUGAGUCCAUUCAAAUGUGGUGGGAGGGAUUUCCAGACUUUAUCUCUCAAGCUAUUUGGCUUGACAGUCGUCUGUAA